UUCAACAUUUGCCAUAACUACAAAAUUUGGGUACUUGUCAAGUAGUAGUUUUUUGUGUGCGUUUUCCUCAAAAAAAAAACCCGAUUCGAGUUGUGAAAUAUAUAAAAAUUUCUUUUGCACGAGCCAAAAAAAUGCCAACAACGAAAUCCAAUGUGAUAUUUUCGAAUCCAGAGAAAAAGCCACUCGAAGAACUCAUUCUAAUUGUCGAUGAAGAUGGUGUCAACAUAAAAGUUCCAGCUUUGCACAAACGAUGGGCAACCCGAGACGCCUUUACAACUUAUCUUCCACUCGUUGUUUCGGGCGGCAAACUUAAAACCGAUGCUGAUUUAGACGAGUGGAUAUUUGAAGCUGAUUGGUUUUUGAAAGACAUGUUAUUUCUUCUCGAAUUAAAGCAUCAUGAAUUCUGGUCAUACAUGAUCCAUCAAGAUGCCGCCAUGAAUGCGGUUCUAUCAUUUCUAAUAAAAGCCACCCCUUUCUACAUAGACUUGUCCUCCCUACCCUCUGACAAACGAGUUACUAUCCUGUACUCGGAUGUUGUAGCAGCUGUUGUUCGUGUCAUCUGUCGCAUCAUUACCAACAAAGAAACCGAUGAAGAAUGGAUUUCGAAAGAUCAACUCAAGUCUUUAAUUUAUUCCAAUUUUCUCAUUUCCAUACCAAUGCUUUUUGAUUUAAUUAUUGCUCUUGGUGAUUCCAAUAUGAGUAUUUUAAAGAAAAUAUUCGAUACUGUGUUUCGAAUUGAACCAAAGUACAAAGAUGAUUUGACAAUUGCUUUGCAAUAUUUGAUUACUACUUUUGAGACUAUUAAGCAACAGGCGGAAAAUGAUGAGAAUGUGGGUGGGAAUAAUGAGAAUUUAGAAACACCUUAUGAUGAUUUGGUGUUGUACACACUGGAUUGUGUAUUUACUUUGAGUAUAUUGUUGGAAAUCUAUCCGGAUGCUCGAAAAAUAUGCUGUGACAUUAAUUUAGGACAAAGAUUAACAUACUUUUACGACAACACUAUUCCAUAUCUUUAUAAAAAUAUUUAUAUUAUCAAUCCUAAUGCAUCGAGCUUGAAAUGGUUAAAUGAAACAAGAGUGCAGCUGAUGAAGGCUUUUCGAAGUAUCGUUUAUUUGCAUAUUGAAAAUGUUAUGGCAGAUCCGGAGAGUAGCUUAAGACCAGCAGAAGAAUUUGUUGCUAUCAUGACUGAGUGUUUAUCGGAUCGUGUUUUUGUUAUUGAUUAUCAGCGAGAAUAUCCUAUUGAAUUGGACGUGGAUAUAUUGAAACAAGCUUGCAAAGAUUUAGAUGAAUUCAAAACAGAUUUUGUAGCUAAAGGCUAUAAAGAUGAAGCUGAUUCUGAAGCUUUAGGAACAAUUGAAAGUAUCAAAAGCUUACAAUUGGAUGCAUAUGAGAAUCAGCCAUAUUCAUCAAAACCUAAUUUGGAAAAACGUCCACAACCAGAAGGAGCCGCUGCAGCACAAAUAAACUACGAUGAUGAUAAACCAUCUACAAGUAAAGCAGUCAAAUUAUUUGCAAACACUGCCAACCAAACAAAUAAUGAACCACCCAAGACUAGAGACAUAGAUUUAGAAGUAGUUAGUGUUUUAGAUGUUCUACCAUAUCUGGGUGAUGGCUUCGUGCGGCGAGUUUUGAAUCGAUAUGAUAACUCUGAAGAUGCGAUAGCAGCUAUUUUAGAAAAUAAUCUACCACCAGAUCUAAUACAUUCAGAUCAAAGUGAAGUUUACAUCCCACCAGAUCCACAAGAUACUUUAUAUCAACAAACUGGCAUCAAACGGUUUAAUGUUUUCGAUGGUGACAAAUAUGAUAUCAUGACUAAUGAUAAUCCUGAUUGCAUCAUCAAAAUUGAUAAAGGUUUUCCAAAUGCUCCACAAAGCUUAAAUGAAAUGCUCGACGAUAAGAAGGAACUGCAAGCAGUUCGACAUCGAUAUCAAGAGUAUACAUUGGUGGAAGAGGGUAAUGAGUACGAUGAUGAAUAUGAUGACAGUUAUGAAGCUGUUUUGGAAAGUGAGUCCCGUGUUGUAAGAUCGCAGCAGUUGAAAUCAACUCUUGCUGAAAUCGAAGACAGAAGUGACGAAGAAGAUGCGGAAGAGUCUGAAGAGGAAGAAGAACAACAACAACAACAGUCUAAUGGUAGAACAACAAACCAUUAUGAUAAACAAAUGAAUUUCUGUGAAAAUCCUGAAGAUAUCCGCGCAAGAUAUGAAGCUAAACGAGCAGCUAAGUUCGGUAACAAUGCAGGUAAUAAAGCGCCAACUCCACAAGUGCCACGAGAUGUUGUGGGUGCAGCCAAGGGUAAGGGUCAGACCAAAGAAGUUAUUAUAAAUCGUCACAAAAAAGAUGUCAACAAAUCGAGUCGAGCCAAUCACAAUCGUAAGGCUGGUGCAGCCUUUAAACGUAGUAAAGGAAUGAUGGGAUAGAGAAAAUGUUUUUGUUUGUUU